UAUACAGAGAAGCUUAAUAGAGGGCGGUAUUCACGUGUGAAGUUCGGUUUUGCUCUGAACACGCAUGGAGUGAAAGUGCUCGAAAUUUUCAUUAUUUUGAAGUUAAACAACAUGUCAAAGAUAAGGAGAAAAGUUGUUACUGAUGAUUCGGAUGAGUCUAUGGAUGAAGAUGCCACUCAGAGUCAGACUCAGACACUGACUCAAGCUCAGAAAGUGACAGCCACCUUAUCUCAUGAUGUCAUCAAUAACAUGGUUAGUGAGGUUGUCCAGUACAUGCUCGUGAUGGAGCAGAAGAAACUGCCAAUAAAGAGAGCAGAUAUAAAUAAGCAUGUAUUGAAGGACUACAGUCGAGCAUACACAGAAAUCUUUCGUCAGGCAAGUGACAGACUCAAAACAGUUUUUGGAUUGGAGGUGACAGAGUUGGAACUGACUUCAACAAAAUCCAAGAGCAAAGUAUACAUACUGCUGAAUACAUUGGAUGCUGAAGCACAGGCAGAUGUUGUUGAUAUGUCGAUGGAAGAACCAAGGAUGGCCCUUCUCUUGAUUGUCCUCAGUAUCAUUUUCAUGAACCAGGGAGAAAUGAUAACUGAUACAAUACUUUGGCAUAUUCUAAAGAAGUUGGGUAUAAAUGCAGAUGAAAAGGAACAUGAAGUGUUUGGAGAUGUUAAGAAGAUUCUGACCACUGACUUUACUAAGCAGUUGUACUUGGAAUACACUAGAGUACCAAAUUCUGAGGUACCAUUGUACGAGUUCAGGUGGGGUUUAAGAGCACAAAAGGAAAUCUCCAAGCGUAAAAUAUUAGAAUUUGUCUGCAAGGUUUAUGGUAAUAUGAGGCCAGAAGACUGGAACACACAGUACAAGGAAGCGGUACAAUCUGAAGGCGGAAUCUUGGAACAGGAAGCAGAGGGAAGUGAUGACGAAUGAUGCUUUAUGAUGGAUAAUCAGGUCAUAAUAGAAUUUUACAUCACAGGAACAAUUUUUCCCCCUUCCGAUUAGGUUUAUGGUAAUAUGAGGCCAGAAGAGUGAAACACGCAGUACUAUCUGAAAGAAGUGAUGACGAAUUAUGCUUUGUGAUGGAUAAUCAGGUCAUUGUUGAAGUUUAAAUCAUGGGGCUGCUGUGGUAUUUAUAAAUCUGACAUAUCCUGGAUUUUCUGAUUGUACUAAUUAAUGCCAUUAUGUGGUGGAAUUACCCAAGCACAGCGACAUUAGAAAAUUAUAUAAAAUUUUGUUUUCUUAUUUAAAAAAUGGUUUUGCCAAAAACAUCCGGACAGAAGAAAAAUAAAAAUAAAAUUUUAUUGGUGAAUAUAAACAGUGUAGUAAUGGGAUGGUUAAAUGCUUUAAAUUUAUAUAAUUAGGAAGAAAUAUACAUAUCUUACUUUUGGAGAUUUCAAAGCAGCAGCAGACGUAAGGAAAAAUUUUACAAUAUUUUUUUCUGAAAUUACCAUUAGCAAGCUUUCGUUUCAGUACGGGAGAAAUCUAGUACGGUAAUUAGAGCCGAAAAUUCAUUUGCGCAUGCGUGAAAGAUUGCAUCUCACCGUACGGCGGAAUUUGAGGACGGUUCUGACUGAAAAUAGCGUCCUAGCCUAGGCCCUAAUUUAUUAAGGUACGUCCGGCCUAGGCCUAGCCUAUAAUAAUGCCUACGCAGUGACAAGUGCCUCUUGAACUAUGUGCAAGUUCGCCAUGUUUUGGUAACUAAAGUGAGGGCGCGUUCGCACGCAUAUUCCCCCGUCGCGUAAACGGAAACGAAACAACUUCUGAACAGGACGGAAGCUUGGUUGCGAGUACGGUCACGGUCUGUUGGUUCCACCGUACUGUGCGCUCACCGUCCUCAAACGAAAGCUCGGUACUUUUCGUGGCGAUGGUGCCCUAAUUGGCCGAAAAUAAAAUUUUAUUUUUAUUCGAAAUCAUCUUUGUUGGCGGGUUUGCUAAACAAGGUAUAUGAAAGUCUUGCCUAACUGAAGUAUACACUAACGAGAACAAACAUUUUCAAAAUGCAUUUUGUAACAAUCAUUUGUAAAUACUGUAAUAAAAAUGAAAUAAUGUGCUUUCGUAAUAGUUUUUAUACAUUAUUCAUUGAACUUUUGCUUACGUUCAGACAUACAUUCAAUAGAAUAGUUAGUAAGAAUACCUUGUUAAAAGUGUACAUAACAAGUAAAGUAGUUUUGUGUGCUUUUUAAA